AUGACUCGCAGGAAAGCCUCCACCGGCUCGCCACAGCCCUCCAAGCGGACCAAGGUGUCAGAAGACGGCACCCGCAGCACUAAUGGUAGUGUGGACAGCCCCACGACCGUCAGAGGCACAGCUACAGACACCCUGCAGGAUGAUGCCAUAGACGAGGCCAAGAUGAAGCUGCCGUCAUCUCCAGUGUCACCGUCGCCCGCACCUCGCACAUCGCGGCCACACCGUGCGGCAGCACAGAGGGCGUUGGCGGCUACGGCCGUGAUCGUUGCCGAAGACGACGCGACUGCAGCGGUCCCCUCGCGGGACUUGAUCCAUGAGCAGCUGUUUACGCCGAUCACCGAGACCGAGCUCAAGGCAUGGCAGGGCUGGAGUGACAUUGAGUCGGAGCCAGAAUUCUUCAACUUUAUUUUGAAUGGACUAGGCAUACAAGAUGCCACCAUCUUUGAGCUAAUGGGCGUGGACGAGUCGUCCAUCUCAUAUCUCCCGUGGGUAUCUCGUUUGAUGAGCACGCCAAGAAUCAAGUGUAUGGGACUAACGUGCAUUAUUUCAAGUGAGCCCCUGGGCUUGAUAUUUUUGUACAAGUUCGUGGAGGAGGACGCAGAGGAAGAAUAUGAGCACUGCCCAGAGCAUCUCUGGUUUGCCAACCAGACGACAGAAAAUGCCUGCGGUACGAUCGCCAUGCUCAACAUUGCCAUGAAUUGUGAGCGUCUUGGCCUCGGUGAGCACUUAACGCGCUUCAAGGCGGCCACACAGCCUCUGCACCCAGCGCUCCGCGGCCACCUGCUGAGCAGCGAUGAAGCCAUCCGUUCUACGCACAACUCGUUUGCCAGACGCAUUGACAUGCUCAUGUCUGACCUCUCGCUCAAGUUGGAGUGGGCUGGAGCCGGCAAAAAGGCCAAACGGAAGAAUGCAAACAACAAAAAGAAGCGAAAAAAGGCCGCCGACGAAGACGAGCCGGCGUUUCACUUUAUCGCCUAUGUCCCCAUGGGCAACGACGUGUGGGAACUCAACGGCAUGCAAGAGAAACCACUAAAGUUGGGCCCAUUCAACGGAGACUGGACGGCCAGCGCCCGAGAACGCAUUGCCACUCGCAUGGCGAAGUACGCGUCGUACGAUGAGAGUGCUGGCUUCAGUCUGCUUGCUCUGUGCCACACGCCCAAGAAGGAAAAUGCGGCUGGUCAAGCGAACGAGUCAAAUGGGGUGGGUGAGCUCAAUAAUGGCACAAACGGCACGUCCAAAUGGGGUCCUCCAACGACGAACAGCAAUGACGAAGACGAUAGUGGCGUCCGCCGUGCAGCAGCCCGCAAGGGCGACUACACACCGGCAGUGCAUUUUUGGCUCAAGAAGUUAGCCGACAAAGGCGUGCUGCAACGCCUGGCCACAGGUGAACCAGAUGAUCAAAUCAUCGAAGAGGAUGAAAUGGUAUGA